CACGACCUUCGUCUCUUCUUAUCUCCCUGCUCCCUCGUCCGUAAGUAACUGCUUCAUCAGUUGCUUCUUUCUGGGUUCUCUAUCUCCUAACUGUACCCAUCUCCUUUCUUCCCUUUCCCUUCACAUCGAUAUAUUUAGACCACAAUGAGAGUUUUGCCAGCGACCUUGCUCGUUGGAGCGGCCGCUGCGGCUGGUCCUGCCCAGCAGGUCUUGGGUGGACUCAAGGACUUCGGUAGCAACCUGCAGGACACUCUGCAGCACAACAUGCCCAAGCUGAGCAAGCCCCUUGAAGCCUUUGAAGAACAGCUCAAAACGCUCUCGGAUGAGGCUCGUGCGCUUUGGGAGGAGGCGGCAAAUGCCUUUCCCAACUCUAUGGAUCAUAAUCCCCUCUUCUCCCUGCCUAAGAAGCACACCCGUCGUCCUGACUCCCACUGGGACCACAUUAUUCGUGGCUCUGAUGUCCAGAGUGUCUGGGUGACUGGCGCCGGCGGUGAGAAAGAGCGAGAGAUCGAGGGAAAGCUGGAUUCUUAUGAUCUGAGGGUCAAGAAGACCGACCCAAGCGUCUUGGGUAUCGACCCCGGCGUGAAGCAACUCACCGGUUAUCUUGAUGAUAACGAGAAUGACAAGCAUCUUUUCUACUGGUUCUUUGAAUCUCGUAAUGACCCCAAGAACGACCCUGUUGUUCUGUGGCUGAACGGUGGCCCUGGCUGCUCUUCCCUUACUGGUCUCUUCAUGGAGCUCGGCCCCAGCAGUAUCGAUAAGAACAUCAAGCCCGUCUACAACGAGUUCUCAUGGAACUCUAACGCUUCCGUUAUCUUCCUAGACCAGCCUGUCAACGUUGGCUACUCCUACAGUGGCUCUGCUGUUAGCGAUACUGUUGCUGCUGGCAAGGAUGUUUAUGCCUUGCUCACCCUGUUCUUUAAGCAGUUCCCUGAAUAUGCGAAGCAGGACUUUCAUAUUGCCGGCGAGUCUUAUGCUGGCCACUACAUCCCCGUCUUUGCCUCGGAGAUUCUUUCCCACAAGAAGCGUAACAUUAACCUGAAGUCCGUCCUCAUUGGCAACGGCCUCACGGAUGGCCUCACUCAGUACGAAUACUACCGCCCCAUGGCCUGUGGUGACGGUGGUUAUCCCGCUGUCCUGGAUGAGAGCAGCUGCCGUGCCAUGGACAACGCUCUUCCCCGGUGCCAGUCCAUGAUCGAGUCCUGCUACAACAGCGAAAGCACCUGGAUCUGCGUCCCUGCCUCUAUUUACUGUAACAACGCCCUCAUUGGCCCCUACCAACGUACUGGACAGAACGUUUAUGAUGUUCGCGGCAAGUGUGAGGACUCUAACAACCUCUGCUACAAGGGCAUGGGUUAUGUUAGCGACUACCUAAACGAGGCUGCAGUUCGUGAGGCUGUGGGUGCUGAGGUCGAUGGCUAUGACUCUUGCAACUUUGACAUUAACCGGAACUUCCUCUUCCACGGUGACUGGAUGAAGCCCUACCACCGUCUCGUUCCUGGCAUUCUGGAGCAGAUCCCUGUCUUGAUUUAUGCGGGUGAUGCUGAUUACAUUUGCAACUGGCUUGGUAACAAGGCUUGGGCUGAGGCUCUGGAGUGGCCCGGCCACACUGAGUUUGCUGCCGCUCCUAUGGAGGACCUCGCGAUUGUCGACAACGAGCACAAGGGCAAGAAGAUUGGCGAACUGAAGAGCCACGGUAACUUUACCUUCAUGCGUAUCUUCGGUGGUGGCCACAUGGUUCCCAUGGACCAGCCCGAAUCUUCUCUGGAGUUCUUCAACCGCUGGUUGGGAGGCGAAUGGUUUUAAAUGUGUAACACGGAUGGUUGAUAAUAUAUCAUCUUGCUUCUCGCUAGAGCAUACGCUGGAACAUGAUUUUCUUUUCUUUUUUUUUUUUUUUUGGUUUACGAUAGUUUUGCGAAUUGCCUUGCCAAUGACCGGUUAUUAUAGUUUCCAUUGCUCUGGAUUCGCUCGGAGUGCAUACAUAGUCCCGGAUUUAGUGCAUAACUAGACAGGUUUCAUAGAGAAAUUCUCUUGGGUAUCUGGAACGUGUAUCUGUAGCGUAGACACUCUUGUCCCACGGGUUGGAAUCGCCUUGAAUGAUCGGAAGGCAAGUCGAGAAUGCCAUCUACGCCAAAGGCC